GGGGCCGGGAUGGUGCUGGAGGCGCUGCGGCCGCGGGCCGUGCGCUGGGCGCUGCUCGCCGCCUUCGCGGCCGGCGUGGCCGUGGGCUGGCAGGCGGGACGGCUCCACCGCCGCUUCCUCCGCUGGAGGCAGCGCUACCUCCAGCGCCGCCUCGCCGCUGCCCAGGAAAAGCUGGACGCGGCCUGAGAGCCGGGAACGGGAGCCGGGAUCCCCCCCGGACCCGGCAGCGGCGCCCCGGGGUCCCCGCCGGCGGCCGCCUGGAGAAGGGUGGUGGAAACGGUGUGGGGAAGGAUAACACACGUGGAACUGCAGGGCUGCUGGAAAAGGGCAGGAUCCGUGGAACAGCAGGGCUGUGAAAGGACAGCAUCCAUGGAAUAGCAGGACUGCUGAAAAAGGACAGCAUCCAUGGAAUAGCAGGGCUGCUGGAGAGCGACAGCAUCCAUGGAAUAGCAGGGCUGCUGGAGAGCGACAGCACCCAUGGAAUACCAGGGUUUCCCUUCCAUCCUUCAGAAAGGCACGAUCCCAAACUGUGUCGGACAGACCUAACAAAAUACUGAGGAUACAGCAGCAAUGAUUCCAAACCUGGAAUGGAUUGCCCAGGGAGGUGGUGGAGUCCCCAUCCCUGGAGGUGUCCAAGGAACGACUGGAUGUGGCACUCAGUGCUUCGGGCUGGGUGACAAGGUGGGGAUCGGGCACAGGUUGGACUUGAUGAUCCUGGAGGUCUUUUCCGACCUAAACGAUUGUGUGGUUCUGUGUUUCCUUUAUUCUAAAGGUAGUCUGCACUUGUCCAGCUCUAAGCCUGCUGCUGUGCCCUUGCCAAAAAGCACUGCUGACACAAUAAAGUAGCCAAAAUCA